AGAUGGUGGGUCACAAGAACGGCAGUGCUGGAGAAGAUCGUUGUUGCAGCCUUGGUGGGGGCUUGCUCAUGGGAUGGUCUAUGGCCUCACAAUGUGGAUGCGAUGAUAGCCUAAUGGAGGCUUGGGGGUCUCUUAACCAAAAUGGGGACUGGACAGAUUGUUAUGUUCCAGUGGAUGGAUCGGCAGUGCCAGAGGAGAUUGUUGUCGCAGCCUUGGCG